UCAGCCCGUCCACAGCCGUCACCCCCACCUCCUCCUCAGCCUCCAGCCGCCUCGGCUCCGCCCAGGUUCCCACCACCCCCAUCACUCCCGUCACCCCCACCAACACCUCCGUCACCUCCCCCACUGCCUCCUCCCCCCCCGCCUCCUCCCCCGCUACCGCCGCCGGGACCCCCAACGCCUCGCAGCCCAUCCAGCUGAGGGACCUGCAGAGCAUCCUGGCCACCAUGAACGUCCCCUCGGGGGGGCAGGGAGUGGAUCUGUCCAGCGUGCUCACCCCGGAGGUCAUGGCUCCCAUCCUGUCUCACCCCGAGGUGCAGCAGCGUCUCUCUCCCUUCCUCCCCUCCGGAGAGUCUCUCCCUCAGAGCAGCGAGGAGCUGAACAACACUCUCAGCUCGCCUCAGUUCCAGCAGGCGAUGAGUAUGUUCAGCAGUGCGCUGGCCUCAGGUCAGUUAGGUCCUCUGAUGAAUCAGUUUGGUCUCCCUGCAGAAGGAGACGUCGAAGCCUUUGCCAAAGCCAUGGAGACGGAGACAAAGUCGGACCAGGACGGAGACUCCAAGGACAAGAAGGACGACGACGAGGACAUGAGUCUGGACUGA